CCGGGCAUGGCCAGGCGGGCUGCGCUGGGGGACACGGCCGCUGCUGGGCGCAGACGGCCGGGGAGGAGGCGCCGCGCUCCUGCCUUCUAGGCGCUCGCUCGCUCGCCCCCGGGGCCCGGCUGGCAGCCGGCACCAUGCGCCAGUCCCUGACUCAGCAGCGCUCCAGCGCCGUCCCCCUGCCUGACUCCGCGGGGUCAUUCAAUAGAAGAAAAAGAAAUUCCCUCUACGUAACUGUGACUCUCCUCAUUGUGUCAGUAUUAAUUCUUACGGUGGGCCUAGCUGCUACAACAAGAACCCAAAAUGUGACUGUUGGAGGUUAUUACCCUGGGGUUAUUCUUGGUUUUGGGUCAUUUCUUGGAAUAAUUGGAUCAAACUUGAUAGAAAACAAAAGACAAAUGCUAGUUGCAUCCAUUGUCUUCAUCAGUUUUGGAGUCAUUGCUGCGUUCUGCUGUGCCAUAGUUGAUGGUGUCUUUGCUGCCAGGCACAUAGAUCUUAGGCCACUGUACGCAGGCCGAUGUCAGUAUUAUUCCAAAAGUACGACUCCACCCGAGGGGGUCUGCAAUCCACAGCGCCGGGGACCUUGCACACCUAAAAUAAAAACCAACACCUGCUUCUGCUGUGACCUAUACAACUGUGGAAACAGAGUGGAAAUUUCUGGUGGGUACUAUGAAUAUAUUGAUGUCAGCAGCUGCCAGGAUAUCAUUCACCUUUACCACUUGCUCUGGUCAGCGACAAUUUUGAACAUAGUUGGAUUGUUUCUAGGGAUCAUCACAGCUGCAAUCCUUGGAGGCUUUAAAGACAUGACUCCCUCCCUUCCUACACUGAACUGUACAGUUGAAAACGCACAUCCCUCAGUGUCCUAUUACUCAAGGCCACAGGUGACUUCUUACAACACUUACUACCACAGCACUCCUCAUCUGCCACCAUACUCAGCGUAUGACUUCCAGCAUUCCAGUGUGUUUCCAACCUCCACUCCUUCUGGCCUUUCAGAUGACCCCCAGUCAAUGUCACCAUCUCCAAGCUACAUGUGGUCCUCCAAUGCUCCUCCUCGCUAUUCUCCACCAUAUUUUCCUCCUUUUGAAAAGCCACCACCUUAUACACCAUAAAGAAAAAAAUGUGCUUUUGAAAUAAUUGUGAACAUUUUGUAUUUAUAUUUUAUUGGGGUGGGAGAGAACAUUACAGAAGACCAUAUAAAAUACUGGAUUCUGUUCAUUCUUGCAAGACUUAUGUAGGGGUUUAACAACUGUGUAUAGAGCAAGGAUUAUUUCAUUGAUGCUUCCUAGUGUCAGUGACUAGCGGGUGACCUAAAUUCAGGCCUCUGUUUUACAAUAUGAUUCACAGUAGUCCUUGAUUUUUAAGAGGUGCUACCUGGUCAGACUAUUGAUCGCAGUCUGCCACGCUUCAUCUUGAGCUGAGCAGUCACCUGGAUAAAUAUGGAGUGGGGUUAGCUAAAACCAGGAGUUGCCCCAGCCUACUCUUUUGCUCUAAAGGUGAGGGUGCUUGCAAAUCAGCUCUGAUGUUAAUUUUGUUUGGCCUUUCGCUUCCUACUAGAUGGACAUUGCUGGGCUGUGGAAUGUAGUUCACAUCUUUCAUUGCUUACAGUCUACAUCCUUAUCAAAGGAAAAUCCAAAGAAGAGCAUGAGUUUCUUAAAACAGAAUACAAACGGAUGGAAAAAUAAUUCUAUAGGAUAUGAUGUCCUGUAGUAGUCCAACAACUGGAAUAGCGCCUGCUGAAAGAGAGAACUGCACUAGGCAGGCUGGCUUGUUUCAGGAUGCAUCAUAAGGUAGGAGGUGUAAUAUUGAACAGAGUCUUGUUAGUUCUGGUAUGUAUAAAUAAUAUAAAAGUCACACAGUUUGGGUGGUUGUGUAUCAGCAAUUGGAUUGUAGAUAUCUCCUAAAUAGAAAGAUGCAGUUUUCCGUGUUCUGCUAAGCAAAAGCAUCCGACACUGUCCACAAGUCAUUUCAGCAAAACCAUGGGUUUUCCUUCUUUUGGUUGGGAAAUUUUUAUAGAUUGUUUUGAGUCAGCACCCUGUAGAAGAACUUUUUUAGUGGCUAUAUUACAAGCUGCAUGUCAUGAAUUUCCACUAUUUGUUCUCAAGAUGUAAGUCUCUUGUGGAUAAAAUUCAACACCACGUAAACAAUAGCCUAGGACAAAGUUGAUAAGAAUUUGCUGUUAUUGUUGUGACUUUCUUUUAAUCUUCAAAUGAUAAUUGUGCUGAUCUAGAUUUCAUGCAAGUUUUGCAUGCAUCUUGCCUAACAAAAAAGAUCCUUAUUAAGUGGCACAAUGCUCCUUUAAAGUGUGGAUACUUGGUAACUUUCAGCUCAGAACCAUUCACUCUGAGCAUUCCAUCUGUUUAUUUUGGGGAUAAAAAUAAGGGAUCUGCUUUUUGCUUGUUAUACCGAAAAGGCUGGAUUCUGUUUCAG